AUGGCAACCAAGGUUGAAACAACACUCACGCCCCCUGAGAUUGACCUAGUUCAUUCCCCCUCGCCGGAAUACAGAUCCAAGGCAUCUCGUAAUGGACCCCGCUCCCGGAAUGGCUGUUGGACUUGUCGCACAAAGAAGGUCAAGUGUGACGAAGUGAGGCCAAAGUGCUGCCGUUGCAUCCGCCUCAAGCUGCUCUGCGAUUACUCUCCACGCAUGAGACGAAGCACCGCCAACCGGAUUGUCAAUGAAAGUACACGAGCAAUCGCCAAGUUUGCCCGAGACCAGCCAUGGAGUCCAUCCUUGCCGGCGCAUAUGUCGGAGCUAGCGAAUAGUGCGUCUUCAAUAGAUCUGACAUCUGCAGAUCACGAAGCAAUCAGGUAUUACCGGACCACGUUUGCCAGAUUGCACCAUACAAAGAACCCUGAUUAUGGGCUGUACGCCAUCAUUUUCAACAUCGCCGAGAGAGAACCAAUUGUCAUGCGUGUUGUUUUGGCUCUCGGCGGACAGGAACUGGAAUUUCGGAAACGAGGAUCCGACCAAGAGCUGGCAGAUACCCGAACGGUCACGCCUUUGCACCACUAUGCGGCAGCCUUGAGGAUGUUUGCUGAGGCGGUGGACGGGAGCCCAGGACCCGACGGUCGGCAAUUGGACCUGGAUGCAAUCUUGGCAGCCAUCUUUCUCAUGCUCUGGUAUGAGAAAAAGUUUGGAGAUGCAUCCUGUCGAGGAUUUGCCAACCACCUGGCCGGCGCAGCCCGAGUGGUCUGGCAUCGUUGCCGCAAUGAAGUGUUUAAGCGUGCCUUGCAUGAGCCCCAAGACCAGGAAAAGAGAUUGGCCCUUGUCCGAAUGGGCGACGAUGCCCAAGAUAGAGAACGCAUACUCUCACAGUUCUCAGCCCGUAUUCUAGUGCAUCUUUGCAUUUACGACAGCGUGGCUGCCGGUCAUGGCCUCGGCGGGCAUCUGGUCGAGACCCUAAACCAAGCACUCGCUUUUACAAACGGCACGUCCUUAUAUCAGGACAGGUCAGACUCAUUGCAUCGAUUCUCAUACGGUCUCUAUAGAGUCAUGUGGGCUCAAGACUACCCGCAGGAGGAGAUGCUUGACGACCUAGAGAAUCGCACAGUAUACUGCAUGGCUGCCUCCAUCGUGCAGCUUCGAUUCAUGAUUUCUAGUCUAGACAAUCUGGAUCUCGAGGCCGCCAAAACAUGCUUCACCGAGAUCCAGGCCGUCUUCAAAGCCACUGAUGUUGAAUUUGAAGAAAUAUUUGGCAUUGCAAGCGACCUAGCGCCCAAUUUUGACAGCCCAAAACGCCUAGUUUGCAAUAUCCGUCAAUUGGUACCUCAGUAUUACGGAAUCAAAAUUCAGCUCGCACGCACUCUUCGCAGGCUAGGGUUGCCGUAUAAAGAGCCGACAGAAGAGUUUGUUGGACUCAUCAUGACACUCUCUAUGCAGGCGCUGCGGCACAGGGGUGACGACGCUAUGGUUAGGGUGGCAGAUGCCUUGUUCAUGGCUGCGAUUGAGACGAAGGAUGAAUCCCGGAGAGAUUGGUUCAUCGCUAGGUUCCAAGCCCUGUGUGCAUAUGGGUGUAACUAUUCUCGCGCACAUCGAUUACUAGUGCGCGCGUCGGCAACAAGAAGUCGAAACGGCAGAACAGGUCCACUUACAGAGGAGGAGGUUUCCAACGCCAUGGUAUCUGAUACAGGAGAGGUUGAAAGAUUUGUUAUCUGA